AUGACCGUUUUAACAGUCGUCCUUAUUGGCGAUUCCGGCGUUGGCAAGUCCAACCUUCUGAGUCGAUUCACCCGCAACGAGUUCAACCUAGACUCCAAGUCUACCAUUGGUGUCGAGUUCGCAACCCGCUCAAUCCAGGUGGACUCUAAGACAAUCAAGGCGCAGAUCUGGGAUACUGCCGGUCAGGAACGCUACCGUGCCAUUACAUCUGCCUAUUACCGUGGCGCCGUCGGUGCCCUUCUUGUGUACGAUAUCAGCAAACACCAGACCUACGACAAUGUCAACCGCUGGUUGAAGGAACUCCGUGAUCACGCCGACUCCAACAUCGUCAUCAUGCUUGUCGGGAACAAGAGUGAUUUGAGACACCUUCGCGCCGUGCCAACAGAUGAGGCUAAGCAAUUUGCGAGCGAGAACAACCUCUCUUUCAUCGAAACAUCUGCGCUUGACGCAAGCAAUGUUGAGCUUGCUUUUCAAAACAUCCUCACAGAAAUUUACCGCAUCGUCUCCAGCAAGGCUUUGGAUAAUGGUGACUCCGGACAAGCCCCCCUCAGCAGCGGCCGCACGAUUGAAGUCAGCAAGGCUCCGGAUACUGAGUCGAAGCAAGGCUGCUGUUAA